AUGGCUUCUCUUCUGCGUUCUGGUGCUCGCCCCUCGACUCUUCGUGCGGCCGCGACGGCCAACAAGCCCUUGCGAUGCUUGACCACCGCAGACCGAACAUUCAUUCGGACCAAAGUCACUCUUCCGGACUUGUCAUAUGACUACGGCGCCCUCGAACCCUCCAUCUCCGGCAAGAUCAUGGAGCUGCAUCACAGCAAACAUCACCAAACCUACGUCAACUCGUACAACGAGGCCUCCGACAAGUUCGCGGCCGCCGAGGCCAAAGAUGACAUUGCUACCAAGAUUGCUCUCCAACCCUUGAUCAACUUCCACGGUGGUGGACACCUGAACCACUCACUGUUCUGGGAGAACCUGGCGCCGAAGAAUGCCGGUGGUGGUGAGCCUCCCUCUGGAGAGUUGGCCAAAGCAAUCGACACCACGUACGGAAGCUUGGAAGAGUUGAAGAAGAAGUUCAAUGCUGCUUUGGCCGGCAUUCAAGGCAGCGGUUGGGCCUGGUUGGUGAAGGAUACCCAGACUGGACACAUCGGCAUCCAGACCUAUGCCAACCAAGACCCUGUCGUGGGCCGAUACAAGCCUUUGUUGGGUGUUGAUGCUUGGGAACACGCCUACUAUCUUCAAUACCAGAACCGAAAGGCAGAAUACUUCAGUGCCAUCUGGGAUGUGAUCAACUGGAAGGCUGCGGAGAAGAGAUUUGGCAGCUAG